GCAGUGGGACCCUGUGCAAAGCAGGAAGCUAGAGCUAAGAAGCUGUCAGUCACCUUACGGAGGGGAGAGAGGUACAAGGCAACAGCCAUAAAUCAUCCACCCUGGGAAGAGGAAUGCAAGAUGCUGCUGUCACUGCUGCUGCCAGGCACCCCAGGUACCUGCUCUCCUGCAGGAUCUGCGCUCACCAUGACAGCACUGUGGCUGACCUUGCUCCUCAUGCCCACCUCCCAUCUGCUUCAAAUCCACCCAGACAUGAGUCCACCCAUCACGAACCUCAGGAUGGAAGCCAAAACUCACAGGCUGACCUGGGACCUCCAUGGAAAUGCAACUGAUAUUAAGUGCAUCAAAGACUCCAAGCAAAUCCUGACGGCGGAGCAGGACAGGUACUGCGUGUACCACGCACUCUCCCUGUGCAAAGUCAGCAAUUACACCGUGCACGUUGGCAAUCCGCCUUUCUCCACGUGGAUCCUGUUCCCUGAGCCAGACGGGGACUCUGAGGCUGCGGCCAAGAACCUGACUUGCUGGGUGCACGACAUGAAUGUGCUCACUUGUCGCUGGGCUGUGGGCAGGGCGGCCCCGCGCGGUGUCCAGUACAAGCUCUCCUGGAGAGUAGGGAGCGGCAAGGACCUUGAGUGCCCGCGCUACCACGUGGACGAGCGCGGCGUGCAAGUCGGCUGCCGCUGGGAUGAUGUCUCCGGGUACCAGGGCAGCUUCCUGGUGCAGGUGCAUGGCGCAAGCGCAGGAGCCCGUAUCCCCUGCAAGUACGCCAUGGUGGAUUUCUUCCAGCAGGAGAGAUUGAGUCCGCCAAAUGUCACCAUGUGGUGCAAUCUCACCCAUGCUUUCCUGAAGUGGAAGAACGUGAGCCAUUUCAACCGCAGAAUCCGUUACCAGCUGAGCAUACAGAAGGGCCAAGGAGCUCAUGUGGAGCAAAUUUUUCUAUACAACGUGAAUUCGUUGGACCUCCUCCAUCCAGGGACUUUCGUGGUGAGAAUCAGAGCAGAGGCAUACCUCUCGGGCAUACACAGUGACUGGAGUGAGCCCCAGCGCUUUGUGUGCGACUCUGCGGGGGACACCAGGAGCCAUGUCUGGUGGGCAGCUCUGCUGAUUGCCCUGGCGAUGCUUCAGGCCCUGCUGUUCCUGUUCCUGCUGUGUAGACGGUUCUCGGUGGUGCAGAAAAUCCUCCCUCCUGUGCCCAACGUGAGAGACCCGCUGCGGGACCACGGGCAGAACUACAAGCUGGUACUCUGGGACAUCAGUCAACCCAGCCCAGAGGACUGUCCUGUGGCCCAGGUACAGGUGCAGGAGAUGGCUUGAAGCGCCUGCCCAAGGCCCGGCCCAGCUCGCCUCGCCUGGUUUCCCAGUUUCCCCUCCGUAGUUGUAAGGAGCUGCCUUGGAAAGCUUGGUGCUACGUGCACUCCCUCAAUUAAGUGGUUUUUCUGCCUCUCGCUGGGUGGACGCAGCCCA